UUUAGGAAACACACCGGUGAAAAGCCCUACAUGUGUGGGGAGUGUGGAUACAGGACAGCUGACAGAUCAGCGUUAUCCCGACAUAUGAAAACUCAUACUGGAGAAAAACCCUACAAUUGUGACCAAUGUGAUUUUUCUGCCGCAAUAAAACACAAUUUAGUAAGGCACCUUCGAAGGCACACCGGUAAAAAGCCCUACAUGUGUGGGGAGUGUGGAUACAGGGCAGCUGACAGGUCAACGUUAUCAAAACAUAUGACAAAGCAUACAGGAGAAAAACCCUUCAAGUGUGAUCAGUGUAAUUAUUCUGCAGCACAGAAAGUACAUUUAGACGAACCUCUAACAAGACACACAGGUGAGAAGCCCUACAUGUGUGACCAGUGUGACUAUUCUGCAGCGCAAAAACAAAGUUUUGACACACACCUCAGAAAACACACCGGUGUGAAGCCCUACUUGUGUGAAAAGUGUGGAUACAUGACAGCUGACAGGACAACGCUUUCAAGACAUUUAAAAACUCAUACUGGAGAAAAACCCUACAAGUGUGACCAGUGUGACUAUUCUGCCGCAAACAAGUCCUAUUUGGUCGGACACAUUAGGAUGCACACUGGUGAGAAGCCGUACAUGUGUGGGGAGUGUGGAUACAGGACGGCUUCCAGAUCAAGUAAUUUAGUCAGACAUCUUAGAAAACACACCGGUGAGAAACCCUUCAUGUGUGCGGAGUGUGGAUACAGAUCAGCUGUCAAAUCAGUGUUGGCUCAACAUAUGAGUACUCAUACAGGAGAAAAACCCUACAAUUGUGACCAGUGUGACUAUUCUGCAGCACGGAAAUCAUGUUUAGACCUACACCUAGCAAAACACACUGGUGAGAAGCCCUACAUGUGUGGGGAGUGUGCUUACAGGACAGCUGACAGAUCAAUGUUAUCCCGACAUAUGAAAAGUCACACCGGUGAGAAGCCCUACAUGUGUGGGGAGUGUGGGUACAGGACAGCUGCAAGAUCAGGGUUAUCCCGACAUAUGAGAACUCAUACAGGAGAAAAACCCCACAAGUGUGACCAGUGUGACUAUUCUGCAGCACGGAAAUCAUGUUUAGACCUACAUCUUAGGAGGCACACCGGUGACAAACCUUACAUGUGUGAAAAGUGUGGAUACAGAACAGCUGAGAGAUCAAG